AGAGAGUCCUCUAGAUUACGGGCAAAGCGGGGUGUGCGCAAGAGGUGGGGGCGGGUGAACGGCUUCUACCCCACUGCCUACCAGGUCUUGUGAAAUUCUAUAAAAUUAUGCCUUCCAGAAUGUUUCGGUGCAUAUUAAUUGUAGGUCUUUUGCUUCAUCACUCUUUGGCCCAUACUGACUUCUUCACUUCAAUUGGUCAUAUGACAGAUCUAAUCCACACUGAGAAAGACCUGGUAACGUCCCUGAAAGAUUAUAUCAAAGCGGAGGAGAAGAAGCUGGAGCAAGUCAAAAAAUGGGCAGAAAAGUUAGAUCAGCUAACCAGCACAGCAACAAAGGACCCAGAGGGGUUCCUGGGGCACCCUGUAAAUGCAUUCAAACUAAUGAAACGGCUAAAUACCGAGUGGGGUGAACUGGAGAAUCUGGUCCUCAAGGACAUGUCAGAUGGCUUCAUUUCAAACCUAACCAUUCAGAGACAAUAUUUCCCUAAUGAUGAAGAUCAGACUGGGGCAGCCAAAGCUUUGUUGCGUCUCCAGGACACCUAUAAUUUGGAUACAGAUACCAUCUCAAAGGGGAAUCUUCCAGGAGUAAAGCACAAGUCUUUUCUGACAGCCGAAGACUGCUUUGAGUUGGGCAAGAUUGCAUACUCAGAAGCCGAUUACUACCAUACUGAGCUGUGGAUGGAACAGGCACUGAAGCAGCUGGAAGAGGGAGAAGUGUCCACCCUUGACAAAGUCUCUGUUCUGGACUAUUGGAGCUAUGCUGUGUACCAACAAGGGCACCUGGACAAAGCUCUCCAGCUCACAAAGAAGCUUCUUGAACUGGAUCCUGAACAUCAGAGAGCCAACGGUAACUUAAAAUAUUUUGAAUAUAUAAUGGCUAAAGAAAAAGAUACCAAUAAAUCUACCACAAAAACUGCUGAUGAACAACCUGAACAAGAAAGUGCCCCUAAGAGAAAGGGACGUGCUAAGGAUUACCUGCCCGAAAGGAGGAAGUACGAAAUGCUGUGCCGUGGGGAGGGUCUCAAAAUGACCCCUCGGAGACAAAAGAAACUCUUCUGCCGCUACCAUGAUGGAAAUCGGAACCCUAAGUUUAUUUUGGCCCCAGCGAAACAGGAGGAUGAAUGGGACAAGCCCCGCAUUGUUCGUUUUCAUGAAAUAAUUUCUGAUGCGGAAAUUGAAAUUGUUAAAGACCUAGCAAAACCCAGGCUGAGGCGAGCCACCAUUUCAAAUCCAAUAACAGGAGUCUUGGAGACGGCCCAUUACAGAAUUAGCAAAAGUGCCUGGCUGUCUGGUUAUGAAGACCCUGUGGUGUCCCGAAUUAACAUGAGAAUACAGGACCUAACCGGACUUGAUGUUUCCACAGCUGAAGAGCUCCAGGUAGCCAACUACGGCGUAGGAGGCCAGUACGAGCCUCAUUUUGAUUUUGGAAGGAAAGAUGAGCCAGAUGCUUUCAAGGAGCUGGGCACGGGCAAUAGAAUUGCUACAUGGUUGUUCUAUAUGAGCGAUGUGUCAGCAGGGGGAGCUACCGUCUUUCCUGAAGUAGGUGCCAGCGUCUGGCCCAAGAAGGGAACAGCUGUAUUCUGGUAUAAUCUAUUCGCAAGCGGAGAAGGAGACUACAGUACCAGGCACGCGGCUUGUCCGGUGCUAGUUGGAAACAAAUGGGUAUCCAAUAAAUGGAUUCACGAACGCGGACAGGAAUUCCGAAGACCAUGCACCUUGUCAGAGUUGGAAUGAUGCAGACUUUGUCCGUUCCCUCCUUUUCCCUGUCCUUUGAUAUGUGUAUUGUACAGUACACACUUUUCCAAAUUUAGCAGUUUACAAUUGACUAACAACACUCCACUACAGAUUCAGUCUCAAACCUCAUCCCGUGUUUCAUCUGUGGACAAUCUCCUUCUUUUUUGUUUUGUUUUGUUUUUGCUUUUUCACAUAAUACAAAUUAAUACCCGUUGUGCAUAUAGAAAACCUUAGGGUUGCACAAGAUGGAAUGAUAACAAGUCAGGGUCAUACAUAAGAAGGUAACAAGAUCGUUACACGAUAUGCUCUGGGGAAUGGCUAGACUUUGAAAGAAGUCUCGUGUGUUGAGGUAACUAUAUUGCAAUCUGUGAAUGGGGAGUUAAGCAUAGACAAUCUGAUUUUUGAGAGCAGCUUCUUUGGGCAUGCAGAUCAUGUUUACCCAACCCCUUAUCUUUGUCCUUUUAUUUGGUACCAUGUGCAGUUUGUCCCACAUAGAUACUAACCUAUGGUGAGCUUUUCUGCCUUCAACAAAAUAAGAUUCUGACACAUCAGCCAUCCCCGUCUUCUCUCAUCAACCUCACAAGUGCAUUUGACCUCAAAUAAGUCUCACCGUUCAGAUUGUUGGUACCCAAAGUACUUUAGCAGGAUUGCCAAGUCACCUCAUAAGUAUUGGCUUUUCCUAAAAUCCCAAGACUUUGUCAUUUCUCCUAUUUUCUUGAAUAAUUGUGACCAUACAGUUGCUGCUUUUCACAUAUCUUAGUGUUAAUGCAUUGCCAGUUAUUCCUGCCAGAGCAGGAUGGUGACAUUAACAUUUUGAAUCAACAAGUGUGCCUUAGGAGACUGGAAAGUUCAUGUUCAAGACCUUUAAUAAGGAGGUAAAAUUACAAGCAUUGAACGCUUUUUAUUCCUGAAAAGCCAAAUCGUUUGCUUUUUCAAUUCUGAAAUGUUUUGUGACAAUGACCUAUUAUUUAUAUCUUAAAUCUUUUUUUAAAAUA